GCUAUGUAUACUACUAAUAGCGAAGUGAUCGUCUGCCUUGUGACCUGGUGAGAUUUGUCACGGUUUGUUUGUUUUGGUGUUUAGUUUUAUAAAGCAUGCGAGAUGUAUCCCCGUGUAUAAAAUAUACCCAUAUAUUUAUAAAGAUCGCCAAACCGUCUUUCGGCAAACGCGUCUCGGGGUCAAUAACGUUACUACACAUCUACAUAGUACACACACAUACAGGUACGGAACACGGUGUUCGUACUUUAGGGCAAAGAAAACUCGACUGACAUCGUGUGGGGGACACCAUGGCCACUCCAGGACAAUUUGUGUAGUUUAUAGCUACUUGCAAACAUUGUUUUGUGUAGGUCAAACUUUAAGCUUUCGGAAUACAUCGGACGCCGUUUACAGACAUCUUCGAACCGACCAACAGUCACCUGUUUCCGGGGUCACAUAAUAUAUAUGUGUUACCUGAUCAGGAGCUACACCUGCAGAUCCUUCAGUGUUCAUUGACGACUGUGGUGGCGUUAACCUGGAGGAUGUCAGAUCAGAGUCAAGCUGCCUGACAGCGAUGAUAUAUACAUCUACCUUUACCACUUACAAGAUCGUAUAAACCAUCCACGUGAAGCCAAAUGCUGAGUAUCACAACUCUCACACGGAAGUCAAAGAAACCGAAACUCAUGUCAGACAAUGAUAGGAAGAAAAAAAAAGGCUUGGUGUCCGAGAUUUCUCAGAACCAGGAGAUUAACCCUAAAAACGAAGCUAUCUCAAUGAUGGGGAUGCUGAAACGGGACGAGGAAGCUCUCACGUUGCACAUCAAAGACUUACUAAAGUAUCGAAAGGACUAUGCAAAGACAGUGUUUACCACUGACGUCGAAGGCUGGACGCCAUUCCACGCGUUUGCGUUACGUGGAUGUCGAAAGCUAGUGAAAUUCAGUUUAAAGGCGGGUGUGGAGGUAGACUUAGAGAUGGGACAGCCCGAGGGUCUUCCUGGCGGCUGUUCCGCUCUACACCUGGCCUCCCAUCGUGGUGACGUCAGCAUUAUCGAUAUUCUCAUCACCAACGGAGCGGCAGUGAACAAGAAAGAUAACUCCGAUAGGACACCGAUAUUUUAUGCAUCCCGUGCUAGUAACACGCUCGCAAUGAAAAAACUGGCGCGUGCAGGUGCUGACGUCAGUCUGUGUGACCCGGAUCACAAAGCAUCAAUCGACGAUCUCCCGCCUUCACCAUUCUGCUUUCUUCCGUUCGUUGGACAAAGGCGGAAGUCUGACAAAUAGUCAGUUCCGGUAAAAGUCACGUGAUAUGCACUGCUCAUUCUAUUCUAAUUUAAGUUGUCUAUUUUAAGAUUGGGGAUGUGUGAAAUAUCACUUAUCACAACUGUGGUAUACAUUAUCAGGAUGUCCAGACCUCAAUUUCUCAAAAAAUAAAUUCAAAUACCAAUUCUUUGUGAUAUUUUGCAAAAUCUGUGACGGACAUCUCUUAUUUGCGGAAUUUAUUUUCACAAUUUAAAAAGCACUAGAAUCUAGUAGGUGCUGAAGAUCAUUAAACACUUGAGUGAAUAUUAACAAAAUGCUUGAAGAUAACUUAAUCAUAUAAAUAUUACUUGUUAGAUUUUGUGGAUUAUUU